GUGCGCGCGGAAAGAAGAAGAAGUGUCGUCAUUGUUUACAAUCUGACAGUUUGACAGUUUUUUAUUGUGACAGUUUUAUAUUUGUUUUAUUAAACCCGGGUGUUUGUUCUUUUACAGUUUUACCUUCGGGGAGUGUUUUUUCAGACUCGUGCGUUUGUUCUUUGACAUUUGUUCUCUCGGGGACUGUUUUAUUCUGUGUUUUAUUCUGUGUUUUUCUGGAUCAUGCCGCGCAGAUGUAUUUUCCGCUGUCCAAACUCUAACGUGUUAUUCAGUCAACCCAAAGACGAAGCGACUCUUCAAAAAUGGCACGACUUUAUAUUUACAAACCUCCCGCAUUUACGAGGAGAAUAUAAGAACCACAUCUACGUCUGUGACCAACAUUUCACCCCCGACUGUCUCCUGAACAAGAGUCUGUUUGACUCUGGAGUCAUCUCCACUUUGAGUCUGAGGAGCGGAGCUGUGCCUUCAGUCUGCAGGCUGCAUGUACAUGGUUUGUCUGUGGAGCUGCUGGACCUGCCUGAGGAGAAGCCGUCCAUUUCCUCCAUCGACCUGUCUCAGCCCGUGGGCCACGGCGUGGGCCACGGCGUGGGCCACGCCCUCUACCCGCCCGCCUUAACGUCCUCGCUCGGCUCUUUUCCCGUCAUGUUAAUCUCUGGAAAAACUGACGCUCCGUUUCGAUCCCAAAGGAACACGAGGUCAGUGGGGACGCAGCUGUCGGCGAACACGCUGAAGAAUCCUGUGAGGAGCAGAGCGGCUCAAGCCUCGACUUCGUUCCACAGUGUGAACGUGGGCGUCCAGACGGUGAAGAGGAAGAUCACGUUGCCUUUGUCCCGAGCGUUCUUGGUGCAGAGUCGUCCCAAAAAGAGGCUGCGAGUGGAACGAGAGGAAGAGGAGCAGUUUGAAGAAGAGGAGGACGUGUUCCACUCGUCUCAUUCAGCCAGUGUGUUGAACUUCAGUCAGCUCAUGGACACAGACGCUAACCCAGACUACGAGGACACUAAGUACAUCGUGUUUGAGAAGAACCUGCGUCAGCUGUUUGAGCAGUGUCCCGUGUGUAACUGUGAGUGUGCGGUGCAGAGACAGAGGUGUGGGACAUUUGUGUCCUUCACGCAGCACUGUCCUGAGUGUAUGUACAGCCGGACGUGGCAGAAUCAACCCGUGACCCGGAGCACUCCUGUGGGAGACCUGCAGCUGUCAGCCGCCGUCUACUUCUCUGGAGGAUCCUUCCAGAAAAUGCAAAGGAUUUGCAAAGGAAUGAACCUUCAAAUCCACCAGUCGGACACUUUUAAAAAACAUUCACGGAUGUUUCUGGAACCUGCCAUUUGCCACAACUGGAGCCUCCACCAGGAGCGAGUGUUUGAGGAGCUCCGAGAGCACCGAGAGCUGCCUGUGGCCGGAGACAUGAGAGUCCAGGGGCCCAGUGCUAAACUGGGGAGCUACACCAUGAUGGAUCUGGAGAGUAAAAAAAUACUGGACAUCCAGCUGGUGCAGAGCAAAAAGGUGGGAGAUAAAAACCUGAUGGAGAGGAGAGGCCUCAAACGGAGCCUGGACCAACUGGAGGCCAACAACCUCCGAGUGGAUUACAUCAUCACCGACCGACACGCCAAAGUGCAGAAGUAUCUCCAGAGCCGACAGAUCACACAGUACUACGACGUGUCCAGACUGGAGAGAGAUCUGUCAAAGAAGUUGGACGCCUUGUCAGAAAAGAAGGGGUUCGAGGUCGUGAAGAAGUGGUCACCCGCCCUCAAACACCACAUGUACUGGGCCACGGCGUCGUCAGCGUCUGGACAGGAGAAAGUCGCCAAAUGGACCUCCCAAAUCAACCACAUUCAAAACAUACACAAGCACGAAGACCCGAUGUUCCCCCAGUGCACCCACCCAGACAUCAAGACCACCAACCCAGACAAGUGGUUUAAGCCCGGCUCCAAACCUCUUCGUGAAGUGGAGAAGUUGCUCUUGGACGAGCGUGUUCUUCGUGACAUUCCAAAGCUCUGCUCAGAACACCAGGCGUCUUCUCUGGAUGUGUUUCAUAAACUCAGUCUGCAGUUCAAACCAGACGACGUCCCGUUCUCACUCAUAGAGACCAAGUGCAGACUGUUCCUGGCAGCGAUGCACUUCAAUGAAAACACAGCUCCUGAUCAGGAAGUGUCUGCAAACGACUUCCUGUUGGUGAAGUGGAAACAGGCCUGUCCUAAUGUGAAAACCAAGGCCUCUUAUGGUUACGUGCGUGACCUGAUGAGCCUCCUCUUCACAGAAGUUCUGAAUCAUCCGUCUUAUUUUGCUUUAAAGAAAAGCAUUUGGACCAAACCUCCAGAGAUGAUGGAGCUGCACCCGGGAUUUUGACUCCAAACAAGCCGCCAUUUUAAAAGAGGCUCGUGUCUGUCGUACUGUUCAACUGUUCAACUGUUAAACUGUUCAACUCUUCAACUGUUCAACUCUUCAGCUGUUCUAUUCUUCAACUGUUCUACUGUUCAACUCUUCAACUGUUUAACUGUUCAACUCUUCAGCUGUUCUAUUCUUCAGCUGUUCUAUUCUUCAACUGUUCUACUGUUCAACUCUUCAACUGUUCAACUCUUCAACUGUUAAACUCUUCAACUGUUAAACUCUUCAGCUGUUCUAUUCUUCAACUGUUCAGCUGUUCAACUCUUCAACUGUUCUACUCUUCAGCUGUUCUAUUCUUCAACUGUUCUACUGUUCAACUCUUCAGCUGUUCUACUCUUCAGCUGUUCUAUUCUUCAACUGUUCUACUGUUCAACUCUUCAGCUGUUCUGUUUGAAAUUACUUCACGACAUCUUCAGUUGUUUUCUUCUGAGUUUUUUCAGUAUGAAAAAUACUUAAAUAUCUGUAUUUAUAUGAAUAAUACUUAAACAUCUGUAUUUCUGGUGUAGUUGGAUAAAACUAAAGUGAAUUAUUUUACUCACUGAAAAAAGGUUCAACAUUAGUGGAGUUUUGUUCAUAUUCAUGAAAAGCCUUAUGUAAACAGGAGGAGGGUUUGACUCGAGUGUUACAGGUUCACACCAGAGUCACUCUGUGUAAACCGUCAGUGUUUUGUAAAUGUUUUAUAAAUAAAAAACAUUUUAAA